UCAGUGUAACUUUUCUCUUUUUGUUACUUGAAUUCAAUUAGAAACGUGUCCAGCAUUUUAAGUUAACAAAAUUUGUUUUGGUAUUAGAAUGGAUUUUUCCAGUCAUAUGUUAAUAAUGCCCAUAAGCACACCGGCAAAGUUGCCGCAUAUUGUGGCCAAUCUAACGCCACACAAAUCUGCUAGUACUCCCAUGCCACAUUCGAUAUCAUGUAGUUUUGAUCCAGAGAAGCGCAAUGGAUUGGAUUUGGAUUUUGAAUUAACAGAUGUUGUGGAACCACCAACCAAAGGAAAUAUUCGUAAAUUUAUUGCUAGGCGCAACGGACAAUUGAAUCCAAUCGGAGAUUUCACUGAUCAAUUAGAUCGAUCAAUUUCGUGUCCAUUUCAGAAGUCGACGGUCAAGAAACAGAAUUGCGUUUUGCAUAUAAAUUACAAUGGACAGCAGGCGGCAUUAGUGUGUCAGGUGCGAACCAAUGAUUUGGCUGCACUUAAGCAUCGCUUAUCGCCGCUGUUGCGUCAACAUAAAUCACGCUUUCGUAACGUUCAGAUCGAGCGUAAUCUAUUCAAGCCCACUGGUCUCAUCCAUGCCCUUGUGACUUGUCAAACGCCCAUCGAUUUGGCGUCGUUGAAGUUAGAUGCACAGCGUUGCAAGGCGCAGGACUGUAAGGUAAUCAGCAUGGCUGAGGGAAAGCUGUGCUUCAAUUGCCAACCAUCGGACUUAGCAAAGGUUACAGCCAGACUUAGGCUAUGUGGCUAUAAGCCUCUUCGCUCUGAGAUUGGACAAUGUGCGCGGGAUUCGUUGGUAAAGUUGCCAGUGGCACAAUUGCAACGCUAUGUGGAGUUCCUCAAGGCCCUUAAGGCGGACACGGACAUGGUGAAGGUCUAUGACAAUGUGGAGAACUCGACGGCGACGCUGCACGGCUGACAGCAGAAUUGGCAGCUGGUAGAUUUAUGCAAGUGUUCGAUGGUCUUGUAUUCAUUUGCUCGACUACUUGUUUAUGCAUUGCGCGGUCUUUGGGAUCGCCCGAGCAGCUUUUGUCAUGAUUUACACAUUUUGAUCUUUAUCACAACAAUGACACUGCCUAAAGCCACAAGAAAUUCUCAGCCAAAAGGAUGCAAUAUAGACUUUGUCUCUCUCUCUCUCUCUUUUACCUUU